GGUUCGCUCCGUCGCUGGCGGCAGGAGGCCGUUUCGGAGUGCAGUCCGCCCCCCUCCCCUGCCCGCCUCCCCCGCCACCCUCCUUGUGCUGCCCUGCCCCGGCUGCACGCCGCCGCUGCGGCCGCAGAGGAGGAGAGCGCGGACGGCCCUGCGCCCGGCUCGGCCCCGGCCCCGCCGCGGCGCCUCCCUCGCCUCACCCCCAGCCGCAGCGCGCGGCGGCGGCGCCUCGAGCCCGAGCGACCCGCGGCCGCCGGCUCUGGCCGAGGGUGAUGGGGCUGGGCUGAGGCGAGGCGCGGCGGUGGCGACAGCGGCGGGCCCCGGCCCCGGCCCCCCGCUGCCCCUCGGCUGCUCCGGCCGGGAGGCCGCCAAAGAGACGGCGCGGCGGCCGCCGAUCUGACAGAAACAUCCUUGGAUCUUGGUGUCUGGACAUAGGAGGAUUGUUGCUUUGCUGAAUAGGCCAUGGUUGCCAAAAGAAAUUUAUGUGGACAUCCCAUUCUGGUUCAGCAACCCUUUCUUCAGGCAAAUCAGUUCCUGGAAGUUGUUUGAAAUAGAAACUCGAAGGGUUUUGGGAGCUGUGAGCCAGGAACUGUGGACGAAGACCAAAUACAUAUGAGAAAUAUAUUUUGAUCAUCUGAAUGACCAAUUAUCCUCAACUGUUCUGAAGCACAGGGCCUUUGGAACCACUGUAGAUAUGGACAAAGAAGAAAGGAAGACUAUCAACCGGGGUCAAGAAGAUGAAAUGGAGAUUUAUGGCUAUAAUUUGAGUCGCUGGAAGCUUGCCAUAGUUUCUCUAGGCGUGGUUUGCACUGGUGGCUUUCUCCUUCUCCUCCUCUACUGGUUGCCUGAGUGGCGGGUGAAGGCGACCUGUGUUAGAGCUGCAGUUCGAGACUGUGAAGUGGUGCUGCUGAGGACUACUGAUGAAUUCAAAAGGUGGUUUUGUGCAAAAAUUCGCUUUCUUUCUUUGGAAAUGCACCCAUUUUUGAGUCCAAAAUCUAUAAUCAAUAAAGUUUCAAAUGGCCAUGCUGUUCAUUUAGCUGAAAAUCGGGCUGAAGAGAACAGACGUGAGAUGAGGAAGUAUUCACAGACUCAAUCGCAACAGAUUCGUUAUUUCACCCACCAUAGUGUAAGAUACUUCUGGGAUGAUACUCUUCACAAUUUUGAUUUCUUAAAGGGACUGGAUGAAGGUGUUUCUUGUACGUCAAUUUAUGAAAAGCAUAGUGCAGGACUGACAAAGGGGAUGCAUGCCUACAGAAAAUUGCUUUAUGGAGUAAAUGAAAUUAGUGUGAAAGUGCCUUCUGUUUUUAAACUUCUAAUUAAGGAGGUUCUCAACCCGUUUUACAUUUUCCAGCUAUUCAGUGUUAUACUGUGGACCACUGAUGAAUACUAUUACUAUGCUCUAGCCAUUGUGAUUAUGUCUGUAGUAUCGAUUAUAAGCUCCCUAUAUUCCAUUAGAAAGCAAUAUAUUAUGUUGCAUGACAUGGUGGCAGCUCACAGUACUGUGAGAGUUUCAGUUUGCAGAGUAAAUGAAGAAGUAGACGAGAUCUUUUCUACAGACCUUGUGCCGGGAGACGUCAUGAUCAUUCCACUGAACGGGACAGUCAUGCCUUGUGAUGCAGUGCUUAUUAAUGGCACUUGCAUUGUAAACGAAAGCAUGUUAACAGGAGAAAGUGUUCCAGUGACAAAGACUAAUUUGCCAAAUCCUUCAGUGGACAUAAAAGGAACGGGAGAUGAAUUAUAUAGUCCAGAAAUACAUAGGCGACACACUUUGUUUUGUGGGACUACUGUAAUUCAAACUCGUUUCUACACUGGAGAGUUUGUCAAGGCCAUAGUAGUUAGAACAGGAUUUAGUACUUCCAAGGGACAGCUCGUUCGUUCCAUAUUGUAUCCCAAACCAACUGAUUUUAAACUCUACAGAGAUGCCUACUUGUUUCUGCUGUGUCUCGUGGCGGUGGCUGGCAUUGGGUUUAUCUACACUAUUGUCAAUAACGUUUUAAAUGAGGUAGAAGUUGGGGUAAUAAUUAUUGAGUCUCUUGAUAUCAUCACAAUUACUGUGCCACCUGCACUUCCGGCUGCACUGACUGCUGGUAUUGUGUACGCCCAAAGGAGACUGAAAAAAGUUGGUAUUUUCUGUAUCAGUCCCCAAAGGAUAAAUAUCUGUGGACAGCUGAAUCUUAUUUGCUUUGACAAGACUGGAACUCUUACUGAAGAUGGUUUAGAUCUUUGGGGGAUCCGACGAGUGGAAAAUGCACGUUUUCUUUUGCCAGAAGAAAAUGUUUGCAAUGAGCUGUUGGUAAAGUCUCAGUUUGUUGCUUGUAUGGCUACUUGUCAUUCACUGACAAAAAUUGAAGGAGAACUUUCUGGUGAUCCCCUUGAUUUGAAAAUGUUUGAAGCCAUUGGAUGGAUUCUGGAAGAAGCAACUGAAGAGGAAACAGCACUUCAUAAUCGAAUUAUGCCUACUGUGGUUCGUCCUCCAAAACAACUGCUUCCUGAAUCUACACCUGCAGGAAACCAAGAAAUGGAGCUGUUUGAACUUCCAGCUAUUUAUGAGAUAGGAAUUGUUCGCCAGUUCCCAUUUUCUUCCGAUUUGCAACGUAUGAGUGUGGUUGCAAGGGUGCUGGGGGAUAGGAAAAUGGAUGCCUAUGUGAAAGGAGCACCUGAGGUCAUUGCCAGUCUCUGUAAACCUGAGACAGUUCCUGUUGACUUUGAAAGUGUUUUAGAAGACUAUACUAAACAGGGGUUCCGUGUGAUUGCUCUUGCACACAGAAAAUUGGAGGCAAAACUGACCUGGCAUAAAGUACAGAAUAUUACCAGAGAUGCCAUUGAAAACAGCAUGGAUUUCAUGGGAUUAAUUAUAAUGCAGAACAAAUUAAAGCAAGAAACCCCUGCAGUACUUGAAAAUUUGCAUAAAGCCAACAUUCGCACUGUUAUGGUCACAGGUGACAACAUGUUGACUGCUGUCUCUGUGGCCAGAGACUGUGGAAUGAUACUACCUCAGGAUAAAGUUAUUAUUGCUGAAGCAUUACCUCCAAGGGAUGGGAAAGUUGCCAAGAUAAAUUGGCAUUAUGCAGACACCCUACCACAGUGCAGUAAUUUAUCAGCAAUUGACUCGCAGGAUAUUCCAAUGAAAUUGGUCCAUGAUUGCUUAGAGGAUUUUCAGGUGACUCGUUACCAUUUUGCAAUGAAUGGAAAAUCGUUUUCAGUGAUACUGGAGCAUUUUCAAGAACUUGUCCCUAAGUUGAUGUUGCAUGGCACCGUGUUUGCUCGUAUGGCACCCGAUCAGAAGACACAAUUAGUAGAAGCAUUGCAAAAUGUAGAUUACUUUGUUGGAAUGUGCGGUGAUGGUGCAAAUGAUUGUGGUGCUUUGAAGAAAGCACAUGGAGGCAUUUCCUUAUCAGAGCUUGAGGCUUCAGUGGCAUCUCCCUUUACCUCCAAAACUCCUAGUAUUUCCUGCGUGCCAAACCUUAUCAGGGAAGGCCGUGCUGCUUUAAUGACUUCCUUCUGUGUAUUUAAGUUCAUGGCCCUGUACAGCAUCAUACAGUACUUCAGUGUUACACUGCUGUAUUCUAUCUUAAGUAACCUAGGAGACUUCCAGUUCCUCUUCAUUGAUCUGGCCAUCAUUUUGGUAGUGGUAUUUACAAUGAGUUUAAAUCCUGCCUGGAAGGAACUUGUGGCACAAAGACCACCUUCAGGUCUUAUAUCUGGGGCCCUUCUCUUCUCCGUUUUGUCUCAGAUCCUCAUCUGCAUUGGAUUUCAAUCUUUGGGUUUUUUUUGGGUCAAGAAGCAAUCUUGGUAUGAAGUAUGGCAUCCACAAUCAGAUGCUUGUAAUACAACAAGAAGUCUACAGUGGAAUUCUUCACAUUCGUACAAUGAAACUGAACCUGAUUCACGUAAUAUACAAAAUUAUGAAAAUACCACAGUGUUUUUUAUCUCCAGUUUUCAGUACCUCGUAGUGGCAAUUGUCUUUUCAAAAGGAAAACCCUUCAGGCAACCUUGCUACAAGAAUUAUUUUUUUGUUGUGUCUUUGAUUAUUUUGUAUGUUUUCAUAUUAUUCAUCAUGUUGCAUCCAGUUGCCUUUAUUGACCAGGUUCUUCAGAUAGUGUGUGUGCCGUAUCAGUGGCGUGUAACUAUGCUCAUCAUUGUUCUUGUCAAUGCCCUUGUGUCUAUCAUGAUGGAGAACUUCUUCCUUGACAUGGUCCUUUGGAAAGUUGUGUUCAAUCGAGACAAACAAGGAGAAUAUCGCUUCACCACCACACAGCCACCACAGGAGUCGAUGGAUUGGUGGGCAAAAUGCUGCUCGUCCUGGGCCCUGCACUUUAGAGAGAAGGUGCCAAAGGCGAAGUACAUGCGCCUGGCUCAGGAGCUCUCGGUUGAUCCGGAAUGGCCACCCAGACCUCAGACGACGACAGAAGCGAAAGCCUUCGCUCAGGGGAACGGAUCCUGUCAGAUCACCAUCACAUAGCAGUUCCUCAGUCUCAGUGGUGUGCUGUAGCAGUAUCGAGGAGAACAUAACUUUAGGACUUUCUGAUCCUGUGUGUCAGAAUGGCACCAUUUCAAUUUAUGUCCCUUCUGAUAUAGUAGCUGAUUGGAGAGGCUUUUUUUUUUUUCUCCUUAAAGCAGAAAAAUGAUUGGCCUGUCAGUGAAAUUAAUCAGUCUGUCAAGUCCUGUAUCUUCAUUCAAUAAUUCUAAAUAUUAUAUAUAUUUCCAGAAUUUUCUUGUCACCUCAGUGAUACUCUUUAUAUAGGGUACAGAAGAAAGUUGGUAUUUGGUAGGUUUUUAGACAUUAGUUUUAAGACCUAGUUUAUACCUUUAAAUUUAUUUUCACAACCCCCUUAUUAGAAAAAGUCUUCAUUUAUAUACAGGCCCUAAAUUUGUGAUUGAUAAAUAAAAAGGGUGUUAAUUAGCCUCCAGUGAAAAUAGGUAGAAAAGCCUGUUUUCAUUUGAUUCCAAUAUUUCUCCCACAGCAUUCUCUAUAAACAUACACCAGUUCCCUUGGAUAGCCUAGAGUUAGGAGUGAGUUUUAUGGUGUUGCUUAUAGAACAACUCAGGUAAUUUCCAUUCAUGGUUUUAUAUUUUCUGUACAAACUGCCUGGGUUUUUAUUUUUCUAAUCAGCAAGGUGCUUCACUGCCUUCUUGAGAUGUCCCUCAGAGCUAUGAAAUGGAUCUUGUGCUAUAUCUGGUGUCGGUAGUAUAAUUUGCUUCAGUUAAAUGUUGUAGAGCCUUUUUCACUAGGAAAUAAAGGUUAUUUCUUUUGGCAGUAGAUGUAGAUCUAUCUCUAGUAUCUUUUCAUACCUAUUUUUUUCUCUCAGGUUUUAUAUUUUAAAUCUUUAUUUUCUUCUACGUCUUUAAUUACCUAAAGACAUGGGAUAAUAGUGAGUUGUUUUUUGUUGUUUUUAGUUUUUUGAGUUAGAAUUUUACCUCCUGAAAUUUUUAAGGUUUGAUGUAUGUCUCUCCUAUCAAUAAUGAGCCUUUAAAUAUGAGUGGUUUUUGAAUGACUGCUGUUUUUUCAAAGCAAUAUGAACUUGAUGAGAGUUUGUUUUAUGCCAUUAGGUGGCGCCAGAGGUCAGAGCUUACCUAUUUUGGAUUGGAUGGUUACAAAUGAGCAUAUUUGGUUGUGGAAAUUUCUGGGAGAAAAAAAAUUGAUAUACAGUUAAAGAAGAGACAUUCAUUGAGCCAAAAGAAAUGUGGAAAAUAUAUUUCACCUUUCUGUUUUGCCUGGUUAAUGUUUAAAUUCUAAACACAAUUAAAGUAACUUUAAAAAUGCCUCUAUAGGUAAGAUCCAGCAGCUUGGCAAAGCCCACAGUUAUGAUAAACAAGGAAACUGAUAUUGCUGUAAAAUGGACACUAAACUACUAAAACUAUGUGACGUUAUCCUAUAUUCCUCCUUAACCAGUAGCAGGCUUGUGCUUUCCACUAGCUGAUCAUUAUUGUCCUGAUAUAUAUUUACCAAUUUAUCAAAUGUUACCCAGAACCGUAGAACCAAAUGGUUCUCAUUUUUUAUGCUGCAGAGACCUGAAUGAUGUUUGGUAACUGUAGAAAAAUGUAAGUUACACUCAGGAUCACUGUUAAUUGCUAUUGCCACUGAUGAUUCUUACAAAAAUAUAAUUGAAGUUUUCCAUCAAAAAGUAUGAUACAAUAUAAAUACACAUUAGAUGAUAAGAACAAUUGUUCCAUGAAUGAUUCUAUGAAGCUAUGCAUCUUAGACCUCUUGAGCUGUGAAUUAGCACUGUUUUCUAUAGUUACUUAUUCUCUUGAUUGUUUUAUAAUUUCCACAUUCAUUUUCUAUAUGUACAAGUGUUAUUCUUGAGUAAUUUCCCAGAAUUGUAAAUUUUAUUCUUUGAUUUAAAUACUGAAGCAUAUAAUUAAAUUGCUAAGUAGCAGCUUAAAAAUCCAGUUAUCAGAUUGUAUUUAGCAUCUUUAAGAGCAUAAUCAUAAAGAGCUAUAUUUUUGACACCCUCCCUUUUUUUUAACAUUUAGAUUUUAUAAGGGUUUUAUAUCUCAUCUGUCCAUAUUGUUUUCAAAGGAAUGAGGUUUUUAGGUAGGUGGAAAAGCAUUUAGGAAGUUAGAUUUGAACAUAGACGACGUGGGUCAUUCAAAUUGUAAUUGAUGGCUUCCAGAAUGCUAUUUGAAGAAUGUCUGUGAGUCUAGGUGUGGGUCCUACUCAGUGCCAUAGGUAGACUGAAUCCUCUCUCUGUAGGUCACCAUUACAUAGUAAUUUUGGUUCUGAAUUUCACAUUAAAUUAUUUGAGUGUAUACAGACCUAAAUUUUAAAAUCUGUACAUAUAUUAUUUUGAUGUAUUAAGAUGAAUAAAUAUUGCCGAUUUAAGUUUUAUUUAUGCACAUACUUAAAGGACAGAAAUGUCCAAGAAAGUAAUUGUUAAAUAAUGAUAUGUAACUUUUUAACUUUUUAAAUAAAUAACAGGAUUUUUAAUGUGUGUCUCCCUCAGGGUUGUUUAAAGUUUUUUUUCUCCCUCAAAUAUAUAAAUAGUAGUAACUAUAUGUUUUGUAUCUUCUAGCACCAACUGCUGUAAAGCAAUGCUGCAAACAAUGCUUGAAUAAAAGUGGCUAAGCCAACAACAAAACAAAUACUUUUUGUAUUAGUUUUAUAAUCCUUACAUUCGAAAGCUUUCCAAAUUGCACUUGCAUUUAAGCAAAACUGUUGCAGUUUUUACUCUAUUUAUUUUUGUUUCCCAUGUUUUUGAAAAUACUGCACAGUUUCAAGGCAUGGUAAAUAAUAUAUCAGUGUUUAUGUAUUCUGUUCCCAAAACGGCUAUAGACAUGAUAUCCAGAGAAGAGCAAAAUUCAAGCUUUAGAAAACAUUCUAAGAUUUCAUGCAUGCAGCUUUGACAUAUCUGAAAAUAGGUCUUUGUAUAUUUAUGGUGGGUGGUGGUUGGGAACUUUUAACAAAAUGUGGGAUGUUAAUUUUUGUACAGUGUGGGCAUUUACACAUAUUUUUAAUGUAUUAAAAUUUGGUAAUUAUGUGCACAUUAAAUUAAUUAGUUAUUUCCUGUUAUGAUUUGUGAAUUCCCUAAGACUUUGGAUUUUUUUUAAAGUAACUUUAUAUCAGAAAUGAUACUGCAUCUUUAUAUUUUUAAAAUUGUAUUGCUGCUCAAGAAUGGUACCCUGAUGUCAAAAAGGCAUAUGUCAUAAUUGUACAUUCACUGUAAAUAACCUUAUGAAAUCUUUUUUGAUUGAAGCUAUUCAAAAUAAAAAUUUAAAUGAAUAACA